AUGCCAAGGUUCGGAGAGCUUUCAAAUCUUCGUUGCUUGUUCGUCGCCGGAAACAUUAUUGAAGAUGAUAUUAGUUUUGUUUCGUCACUCACGAAUUGUACGAGUUUACAAGGUAUCGAUGUAGGUGAUAACCCAUUCGUUAUUGGUUCGAUUACGGACACAAUUGCCAAUUUGUCCAGCCACCUUGAGAAACUAGGAAUUUAUCUUACUCAAAUAGUCGGAAAAAUUCAUUCGGAAAUCGGGAGCCUUGUUGGUCUCAAGCACUUGAGACUUUCCAACAACAAUCUAGAAGGUCCUAUUCCUUUGAGCAUUGGUAGAAUUUUUAAUUUGCAGAUUCUUGAAUUGGGAGGCAACAGAUUAACGAGCCGUAUACCGCCCGUAUUUGGAAACUUAACUUUGUUGUACUCUCUAUCCUUGGAAAGAAACAACUUCUCGGGAACUAUUCCCACGAGUCUUGCUAAUUGCACAAAGAUGCAAAUGUUAGAUCUUUCCAUAAACAACUUCGAUGGCCCCAUACCCCAAGAGAUUCUUAUUUCCACCGUUUGCAAUUUUUUGGAUCUAUCUCACAAUGCAUUAACAAACUCCAUCCCACUUGAAUUUGGAUCCUUGAGAAAUCUUGAAGAGUUAGAUUUAUCUAAUAACAAAUUGUCUGGACUUAUUCCGCGCUCUUUAGGGACGUGCGUUAGCUUAGAAGGACUUUACCUACAUGAUAAUUUGUUUGAAGGGGAAAUACCUAAGGAACUAAGUUCUUUGAUGGGCUUAACAGAUUUGGAUCUUUCACUUAAUAAUUUGUCCGGAAGUAUCCCAAGUUUCCUCGGAAACUUGAAUCUAUCUUUUAAUAGCUUUCAAGGACGAGUGCCGACUACUGGAGUGUUCAAAAAUACGAGCGCAAUUUCUCUGGAAGGAAACAUAGAAUUGUGUGGAGGAAUUCUUGAGUUAGACCUUCCUCCUUGCACUUCAACUUCAGUUGCAUCGAAAAAGAAAAACUUAUCAACUCCUCUCAAAAUUGGGAUCCCGGUAGCGGGAGUUGCGGCAAUUCUAUGCUUCGUCGUUUUUAUUUACAAGAGGAGAACACCGGACAAAAAUAUGCCUUACGUACCUUCAUUCACCGGGAUCCGUUUCUUGAGCCUUUCGUACGCGGAUCUUCUAAAAGGGACGAGUGGGUUUGCCGAGACUAACUUGGUUGGUUUUGGAAGAUUUGGAUAUGUAUAUUGA